AUGUCUAUCCCACAAAACGCUCUUCCCGCCACUGUCAAGCUUCGCGAGUCCGCUCUCACUGCCUUCAAAACUUAUCAGGACAUGAAAGAGGGACUGAACAGCGCUGCCGCUCCCACCAUUCUUGGCGUAACCACUAAUUACUGUAUGGCAGUGGACAACCUCUUUGGUGACGAAGAAGUCAAGGACACCGCUUCCUCUCCCAAAGAGAAAGGCAAGAAGCGUGCUGCCUCUGGUCCCAAGACCCCAGCCAAAUCCAAGCGUGCCGAAACGGUCAGCAUUCCCUACGACGCUGUUCCAGGCAUGGACACUAACAGUCGCGAAUUUCACAAGGCCCUCGUCGUCGAGCAUGCCAAAGGCAGUUGCGCCGGCGACAAAUGUCCUCGUACUGAACCGCCCUUUAUUAGUGGUUUAGCAGAUCUUCAGUCUCGUCAAAACGAGUCUGCCAACUCCUUGCUCAUCGACAACCCUCUGUACAGGGAGAUCUUAGCGCGCGCACAUGCUGCUGUUACCAACCGCAUGCCAGCUUAUCCCACCCUUGCUUAUUUCAAGCAGCAAGAGGUCGAUCUUCGUGAACGCGUUCUUCUCAGCAUGCAGCGCCUCGACUUGGAGCUUCGUCUUCGCGAUGUACUUGUCGCUGAUUACGAAAUUGCCCUUGCCCAGAUUGCUGAGCGUGAAGUAACUAAGGAGUAG